AUGCUUGUCGAGCCCCCCUUUGUCUCAUCAAAUCAAUGGAACAAAAACUUUGUCGCGUCCCAGCGCGUGCUAAAACUCAUCUGCUGCGAUGCUGGCUAUGUGAUGCAGCCUCUUUUCGCCGCAUUUAAGCACAUCAUCAUCACCAGCGGAACCCUCUCUUUAGAUCUGUAUCCUAAACUGCUCCAGUUCCAUCCGCUCGUCGCCAAGUCCAUCUGCAUCGACCGGAAUUCGCAUCUCUGCCCUGUCGUCGUCUCUCGCGGAAACGAUCAGGGGCGAAUGACCGUCACAAACGCGAUGGAGGUUCCGGACACGAAGCCGUCGAGCUCCCUGUCUGCGAAGAGCGAUGUGAAGCUUUCCAGCAAGUACACGCUUCGAGCCAACAAUCAAGUCGCUGUGUCAUAUGGGUCUUUGCUGGUGGAAAUGGCUCGCGUGGUUCCUGACGGAAUUAUCUGCUUCUUCACGAGCUAUUCGCACAUAUCCAACCCUUUUUUAAUAUGGAAUCGUUGCCUGUUUCUGUGCGAAUGGGACGCGCAUGGCGUGAUUCGGGACAUUUACAACUACAAACUGCUUUACAUUGAGAGUCGAGAUAUCAAUGAGAGCAACGUCGCUGUCCAGAACUAUCGAAAGUCGUGCGAUGAAGGAAAGGGAGCCGUUUUGUUGUGCGUAGUUCGGGGACAUAUUUCAGAGGGAGUCCAUUUUAACGAUCAUUAUGGUCGAUGCUGCAUUCUGAUGGGAGUUCCUUUCUUAAACACGCUGUCCAAGGAGCUCAAUCAGAAGUGCGAAUACCUUCGAUAUCAGUACGAUGUGGAUAAAAACGACUAUCAAAUCUGCGAUGCGAUUCGGCAAAGCGCUCAGUGCGUGGGAAGAACCAUUCGAAAUAAGAACGACUACUCGUUCGUGAUCUUCGCGGACUAUCGGUAUGAUUUGGUGGAUCAUUCGAGUCGACUUCCCGAGUGGAUUCAGCAACAACUUCCUCCUGCCCACCACAAUCUCUCGGUGGAGAUGGCCGUGAUCACAGCGCGCACGUUCUUUAAGAAGAUGGCGAGGCACGACGCCGAUACGCAGCCGCGCACCUUGACCGUUGAGACCCUUCCGCGCUACAUUUACGAGCGCGGGCUUUAUUCUGUUUGA